AUGUCCUUCCAACACAAUGCUUUUUCGGCAGAUAGCUUCCUGGUCCCCAAGCAUAGCAAGAUGUAUCCCAGUGAAGGCAAUUUGGAUCAGACCACUGCCUCUGAGUAUCCUCGUUUUGCUCCGAAGUCAAAUAUUUGUUAUGGGCCUGGAACCUAUGUUUUCCAAGCACCUGUGUACCUCAAAGAAAGCACAUACAGAUUGACCAGCCUUUCACGACAAGAAUCAGGAGAGCGACGGGUAGAAGAAAGGAGAAGCUUUGAAAGUGGAGAAUAUAUCCAAGAGGAAACUCCCAGUAUGCCAAACACGGUCUCCAAUCAGUCUCGAAAACCAUCUGUCCCAUCAGGUUUUGAUCACCUCCUUAACCCAUCCCCGGAUCUACCUCUUGCUUCUCGGCUGCGAUUAUAUGUACGGCAGCAACCCAUUGCCGCGCGAACUUGUGCAGCUGGCGAAAAGAGUCGUCGCUGUAUCGAUCCAUCACCUGUUCUUCAACUCCUCGUAGCGGGUUUUGAUCCCCAUUCAACGGAAGAUCACAAAAUCUUGAAAUACAGUCAAUACGUCGUUGCUUGCCAACUCUUCAUCGUCCUUAAGAAGACACAUGGUUUCGAUUCAGCACCGCAGUCAAUGCUCGUCGAGCAGGGCAAAGACGAUCCUAAUUUAAUUAGGCCUGUAUAUGGGAAAACGUGCGUUAGCCCAUUUUUCGUUGAGAUGGACCCGGAGCCUGCCAAGGCUCCUCCGCACCCCGGCUCAGCAUCCCGAGGAAGACAAAGCACAUUCUUUGUAUUUGCUGAUCUCCGUAUACCAACAGCGGGGGUAUAUCAACUACGUUUCCGACUUAUAGAUGCUGGGGCGCCGCCCACAACAGGCAAGAUACCCAUUUUGGACGAAGUAUGGUCGAACCAUUUCCGAGCCUAUCCCGCGAAAGAUUUCCCAGGAAUGAAUCCGGCGCCAUUCCUAUCGGAACAAUUAAAGGCGCUGGGGGCCGAUGGGGCGAAGUCCAAGAAAACGAGAUGA